AUGGGGUCUGACACCACUUCUUCAUCGUCACCACCUUCUUUUUCACCCUCCUUCUCUCGGCUUCAUAGCAUCGCAAACCACAUGGCGUCAGCAUCGACAACAAGUUUCCCGCCUGAGGCUGUCCCUCAGGCCCCUGAAGACCCUCUCUUUGGGCUGAUGAGGGCAUGCAAGGCGGACACAAGCCCGGACAAGGUUGAUCUAGGAAUUGGAGCGUACCGCGAUGACAACGCGAAGCCCUGGGUUCUUCCUGUCGUCAAGAAGGCAGAUGAGAUUCUCCGCAACGAUCCCGACCUGAACCACGAAUAUCUCCCUAUUGCUGGACUUGCAUCGUUCACCAGCAAGGCAGCCGAGCUGCUUCUUGGCACCUCGACGCCGACAAUCUCCGAGAAACGUGUUGCCUCAGUGCAGACUAUCUCGGGCACGGGUGCGGUCCAUCUUGGCGCCCUAUUUCUGGCCAGAUUCUACAAGAUCCAUGGCGCCAACCGCACUGUCUAUCUAAGCAACCCGACCUGGGCAAAUCACAACCAGAUAUUCGCCAAUGUUGGCCUCCCCAUUGCCACCUACCCGUACUUCCACAAGGAAACCAGGGGCCUGGACAUUGAAGGCAUGAAGAGAACUUUGGCAGACGCCCCCGAGCAUAGCAUCAUCUUGUUGCAUGCCUGCGCGCACAACCCAACUGGAGUUGAUCCCACCCCCGACCAAUGGCGCGAGAUUGCCAGCGUCAUGGCGGCCAAGAAGCACUUCCCCUUCUUCGACUGCGCCUACCAAGGCUUUGCUUCAGGCGAUCUGGAUCGCGACGCUGGCGCCAUCCGCCUUUUUGUUGAGCAGGGCUUUGAACUUGUCAUUGCCCAGUCCUUUGCCAAAAACUUUGGGUUGUAUGGCGAGCGAGCUGGCUGCUUCCACUUCGUGGCGGCGCCGUCGCCUGGAACGGCUGGAAUUACAACCCGCGUGGCUUCUCAACUUGCUAUUUUGCAGCGCUCCGAGAUCAGUAACCCGCCAAUCUAUGGCGCCCGCAUCGCAUCCACGGUUCUUAAUGACAGGGCUUUGUUUGCCGAGUGGCAGGAGAAUCUCCGCACCAUGUCUGGGCGAAUCAUUGCCAUGCGUCAGGCGUUGAAAGCCAAGUUCGAUGAGCUAGGCACUCCCGGUACUUGGAAUCAUAUCACGGACCAGAUUGGCAUGUUUAGCUUCACCGGACUCAGCGAGGCACAGGUCGUAAAGCUCAGAGACGAGUUCCACGUGUACAUGACCAAAAACGGGCGCAUCAGUAUGGCCGGGCUUAACACGAGGAAUGUGGAUUACUUCGCUCGAGCUGUUGAUAAAGUUGUCCGAGAGACCUAG